GUCAAAUUAACUCCAGCAAAUUUCAGCUUGCGGGAUCAGACAAAUCCUUCUUUAACUGGAGAGGAUCUCUCGUAUCCCAUUCUGCAUUGGACUGUUUUGACGUUUUGCACGUAGGGGUUUCGCGUCGGCAAUACAGGGGAGUUUUCGAAACUUUUAAAUCUACUUUUCUACAUGCUUACAGCGUUCGGCCAUUGAAGGGAAACAGUUCGAAAGAAAAGCAAAUGGAGCAAACCUACGGGGAGGUGAACCAGUUGGGGGGAGUUUUCGUCAAUGGACGUCCUUUGCCAAACGCCAUAAGAUUACGAAUCGUGGAAUUGGCCCAGCUCGGGAUACGACCCUGUGACAUAAGCAGACAGCUCCGGGUCUCCCACGGGUGUGUGAGUAAAAUCCUGGCGAGAUACAACGAAACAGGGUCCAUUUUGCCCGGCGCGAUCGGUGGCAGCAAACCACGAGUCACGACGCCGAAUGUAGUCAAAAACAUACGGGAAUACAAACAAUCAGACCCCGGUAUUUUCGCGUGGGAGAUCCGGGACCGUCUUCUCGGGGAUGGAGUAUGUGACAAGUACAACGUGCCGUCGGUCAGCUCCAUCAGUCGGAUAUUAAGGAACAAGAUCGGAAAUCUCUCUCAGCCUAACCAGUAUGAGAAUGGAAAACAAGCCUCUCCGCAGUCCAGCCUUUCUUAUAACCACAUUUACCCAUAUUCUUACCCCAAUGCAAUGUCUCCUUCCGGGACCAAAAUGAGCAAUACGGCCGGUGUGCCUGUCACGGGUGGCCAUGUAAGCAUUUCCCGUGGCUGGCCUUCACCGCACACGGUCAGCAAUAUACUUGGUAUUCGGGCUUUCAUGGAUCCUACAGCUAUUGCUUGCGCUGAAGGGUACGCACCAAAGAUGGAGGACUGGAGUAGCGUCAAUAGAGCGGCAUUUCCCUCUGCUCAUGGAGUCAAUGGCAUAGACAAAUCAGCUAUUGAAGCAGACAUUAAAUACCCUCAGCCUUCGUCCUCUUUAUCCAGUUAUGUCCCGGCGUGCGCAUACUCUCCCUCCAAUCAGUACGGUGUGUACAGCGGCCCAGCGGGCAGUUAUGUGAGCUCAGGGCAUCACUGGCAGGCCCAGGGCUCGAGCCUCUCCCACCCGGGCGCUGGAGUGACGAUGCACCCAAGUGACAUCCACUCUUCUAUGGCGUUCAAACAUGCAGUGCGAGAUGGAGACAGAAAGCCCCCCAGUCCCAUAAGCAAGCAGCAGCACGAGGCCCUGAGCAGCAUACAUGCACUCAGCCUUUCUACCUCAUCGUCAUAACAGCACACAACAGUAUAGAAUAAAGCGCAUUUCAACAACACAAACUGUAAGUUCAAACUGUUCUUCUGAUCGAGCAGUGUACGGUUUCUGUAAAUCCAAAACGAAUGUACUUUGUUCUUUACUGUAACUACGACUUUGUGUCCAGACAGCGUUAUUUGGUGGUUGGCUGUUUAACCAUUAUGUCCAAAGAUUUUUCUCUAUGCUAUUUAUAAAAACGUAGAUGCAAAAAUUUAAUUUGUCAUUUUAUUCAUUGGUGCACGUCUUCAUCCAAUACAUAUUAAGAGAAUAAAACGCAUUAUAUGGAUACCAUUACACAAACUCAUGUGAACCAAGACAUUCUUUGUUAAUGUACAUAUGAAGAAAGCUUUAGUUAUAUAUUUUUUUAUAAAUUCCUGUGUAAAUAAGCUAAAUAAAGAAAU